AAAUAGGAACCCAAACCGAUCCUAUUAUACACAGAGCACGAACCCUUUCUCUUUCGUUCAACGCUUCAAGCCCUAAGCCAACCACGAAGACACAAACCCUAUCAAAGAACCAUCCAUGGCGACCGUAAGCAACUCCACUUGUGGAGAAUCCGAAAAUACCAAUCAAACACCUCCAUGCCGCGUCCCGACAGAAGAUUCUCGGCCAUUGCCGAACCUCCCGCGUGACAUCAUGGUCGAGAUACUGGCGAGACUUCCCGUCAAGUACCUGCUGCGAUUGAGGUGCGUUUGCAAGCCAUGGCGUUCCUUGAUUUCAAGUCCCGAAUUCGCAAAAGCCCAUCUCAGUCUUGCAUCUACGAACACUGAUUUCGCCCACCACAGACUCUUACUAAUCUCUAGGUGUCCCGUUUACGAUGUAAUGUCAUGCUCUCUUUACAAUGUCUUGCACAAGCACUCCGAUACUGCUGUAGAGCUUGAUUGCCUUUUUAAAGUGCCCCAUCGUCGGAUAAGGAACAAGGGUUGCUGUGAUGGUUUAGUCUGCGUCGCUGUAGGAGAAAAAGUAUUUCUAUGGAACCCGUCCACUAGGAAAUUCGUGACAUUGCCGGACUCUGAAAUGCCAUACCAUUACAGCGAGAUGAAAGGGUUUGGUUAUGAUGAUUCUAUAGAUGAUUACAAGGUGGUGAGAUUCUUUUCAAGUACUGGAUGUCAUGAGGUUCAAGUGAAGGUAUAUACAUUAAGGUCUGAUUCGUGGAGGAGGAUCAGAGACUUUCCUCAUCGUGGUUUUCUGGAGGGUUUAGGGACAUUUGUGAACGGCUCCCUCCACUGGAUUGUGGUUAGUGAGUCCUAUAAUAUUGUUUCUCUUGAUUUAGCGAAGGAAACAUAUGGAGAGGUUUUGCAACCGGAGUAUGGAGAUGAUUAUUUGCAUGAUAUCACGUUGGAUAUUUUAAACGGAUGCCUAUGUAUAGUCCUUUACCGCGAUUCUUGUGUUGAUGUAUGGGUAAUGAAGGAAUAUGGUAUUAGAGAGUCUUGGACAAAGUUGGGUGCCGUACCUUGCGUUUCACAUCCAAUUGAUAGAUUGUGGAUUUUGAGGAAUGGUGAAGUUUUACUGCGUACCCAGGACCGUUUAGUUCGGUACAGCCCCAAAGACGGCACAUUUAGUCAUCUUACGGUCCAUAAUUGUCCAUGGUUAUUUGGCCAAUAUCCUUACGUUGAGAGCCUAGUCUCGCCUCAAGUUGAUGCUGAUAGUGGGGUUAAGUGGCAACACCAAUACUAAAGGGAGUAAAAGAGCUGAGAACGAGGAGAUGUGAUUUCCAGAAUCGAAUAGCUUAUAUUGUAGUCGUCCUAGUGUGAAGACUUGUGUUCUGCUUUAUGUAAAAAAAAAUUGGCAUGUAAUUAGAGCUAGUACCCUUUUAUUUGUUUUUAAAAUGUUAAUAUCGUAUUGACAUAACCUAGUACUCGCUCUCAAUCCCAAUUCUCGUUCCGCUCUCAAUCUCAAUCUCAAUCGUAU